GUGCCAAUUAUUCCAAAGGAUUUCACUGCCACGAUUCUGAAUUGCAAAACUAUCCGCCUGGCCUGGAAGACACCAACUACUUCAGAGCCAUGGGGACAACAGUAUCUGCUCACUGUCAACAAUAACACCUACACGAAGAGCUAUAAGCUCACGAAGACAGAGGAGACAAUAACCACCUUGGAGCCCUCUUCCAUUUACAAUUUCACUCUCCAGGCUGUUGACAAGAGUGGCAAGCCUUUCCCCUCUAAAACAAUAAUUACCACUCGAAUACCAGCCUGUUACGUGCCCGUGCCAAAGGACUUGAAGGUUUCGCUUGUGAAUCCUUCAACCAUUCGUGUGACUUGGAAGCCACCAGCUGAUUCUAGUAAGAUCGGAAACAAGUACCAGGUCAUCGUCCGCAAUGCAACUUAUCAGGACAAGGUUACGGUGACGAAGCCGGAAUUCAUACUACCCAACAUUAAUCCCACUUCAGUUUACAAUUUCACCAUCCACGCUACUGACACGAAUGGCACUCCUCUCCCCGCUUCAGCCUCUAUUACCGUAAAAAUGACAGUCAGUGAUAUGCCGGUGCCUAGAAACCUGACUACGUCGAUUGUGGACGGCAAAAACAUUCGUGUGGCCUGGUUGCCUCCAGCUGAUACAAGUAAAUGUGGGAAGCAGUACCUGGUCAUCGUCCGCAAUUCAACCUAUCGGGCUCAGGCUACGGUAACGAAGCCAGAAUACCUACUAACCAACCCGAAUCCAUCCUCCGUUUACACUGUCAUUAUACACGCUACUGAUAAGAAGGACGUGCCUUUCUCUGCUUCUGCAUCCCUUUCCAUACAAAUCCAGACAACCCGUGGUAUGUUGCUGUUUUCACCCAUGCCGUACUCCGCCUUUGCUAAUAUGCGGAUGUUUUCAUUCACCAGGUAG